AUGACGCCAGCGCCAGCGACAUCGCCACUCGAACCACCACGGCGGCCCAGCAAUACCGUGGCUACUGGCCCUGUGGUUCGCGACGACCCAGAAACGAAUCCAAAUUCGCUACACAACUUCCACACGGCCAAACGAGGGCCCAAGAACAUCCCAGCAGUCGUCAUGUCCACGCCCGCGGUGUCGAGUACAAGUAACACUAGCGGAGCUGCCCACAGCGAGAGCGCGCCCAAGGAUCCAGGCCAUGCCUACGCGCGCACGCGACACAUCAGGUUCGAAUACUUCGACCAGCGCGUCUCCAAUGCCCCCUUUGGGUACGAGCACUUCGUCUCGCUCCCGCCGGCGUACGAUGAAGACCGGAACAGGACGUGGCCGCUGGUUCUCUUCCUGCAUGGAGCGGGCGAGUCGCAGCGCGGUGAGCACGAGUCCUACGCUUCCAUCCGCCAUGGCGUGCCAAAGGUCAUUCUCUGCUACGACAAGCUGAAGUCCGAUCCGACGAAUGAGACGCCCUCGAUCGAUAUUCCCCUGGCCCCGCGACUGCGGAGAAGCAAGCAGACACAGCAGGGCGAUCGGUCCACGGAGCCUGUGCCCAGGGAGACCUGCGAAUUGUUAGCUGAGAACUUCAUCACCGUCACUCCGUCCUUGAACAUGGACAACGGGUACGGAUGGAACGCGGCCAUCCUGUCGGCCCUGCUCGAUGAGAUGGUCGAUCGCUUUCGCGUCGACCUGGACAGGAUCCAUGUCACGGGCUUCAGCAUGGGCGGGUAUGGCACCUGGGAUCUGGCCUUGCAUUCGCCGCAUCGGUUCGCCACGCUGGCCCCGAUCUGUGGCGGAGGGGAUCACCUGCGGGUCAGUCAUAUCAAGCAUGUGCCGCACUGGGUUUUCCAUGGCGAUCGCGACGACAUCAUCCCUGUACGGGCGUCGAUCCAGAUGGUCACUGCUUUGCAGAAGACAGAUGCAAAGGAAGUCAACUUCAAGCGAUAUCCGGAUCUGAUGCACGAUAGCUGGACUCCGACGUACAACAAUCCGGACCUGUAUCGGUGGAUGCUCAGUCACAGGAGAGAUGUCAAGGGCGAUGAGGAAGGCGCCCCACCCGAGAAUAAAGUCGUGCUGGGUCAAGAACAAGCUGAAGAUUUCUGA